CGUGCUCGCAGGCCAAUAGUUCACCGGUGUGUGGCUCAAAUCACGCUAGUGCGGCUUCGCACAGGCUACAUCGGGCGAGGUCUUGUUGUGUAAACCGAGCGGGACAGGAUCUCGUGGGCGAGUCGCCGCCCGCCACUUCCCCCGUAGAUGUCGGCUAAACCGCUAACAGUCAGCCGGAUAAAGUUUAGCGUGCGUGCGAAAGUCUGGAGUUGUUUUGAUUUGUUUUGUUUUUUUUUUUUUUUUUUUUUUAAUCUAAGGACUCCAGCGGGAAUGCCAUCUUCGCCUGCGACUGGGAAGUAAGCGAACGACUUUAUCUUCUCCUGGUAUUAAUGUGAGAGCAGACCAAGACAUGAUGAUCAUUCACAUCAAUAGCUGACAUUGUGGAAUGAGAGAUGAUGGAGCAACUAGACGAUCCUGCCCCCGAGAGUAACAACCCUAAUGGGUUUGUCAACCGAGUGUUUAAUGUUUCCCUGGAUCUGGAGAAUGAGACCAGCAGUGUUUAUAUUAAGGAGAGUGGGUCAGAGGCUGCUGAGAUGCAGGGCGAGGCCCAGGCAUCAUCUAUUCCGACCCCGAUCAAGGACAGACAGGAGGUCAACCGAAGACCCCGUGCAGCUGGCGGAAUCUGGAAGAUCUUGAACCGGAAAAGAGGUGUCCCGGAGCUGGAGCGAAGACCCCACUCCAUGAUUCUCCUAGGGGAAGGUUCCCUGCCGAAACUCUCAUUUGCUGAUAAAGUUCGUUCCUUUAAGAAACUUAAAUCCCCUUCUGUGUUCAGAGGGAAAGCUGGGAAAUUGUCUAGUGCCAAGCUCAGCAGCUCAUUGGUGGAUGAGGAUUCUUUUUGCCGAGACUUUGGCACUCCACAGCAAUCCAGCAGGGGCACACUUAGACACCGUGGCAAGAGGCACUCGUAUGCUGGCUACACAGCAGAAUUUGACUGUUCUUUUGAAGACAUCGACCUCCCAGCUACGAUGGAUGACCAUCAGCCGACGACUGUUCCAGAAACUACAGUUCCGAAUGGGUGUAAACCAUCGGAAAGAGUUUCAUACUCCAAAAGAAGCAACAUCAAUUCAGCAAACUGUAACAAAGCUGCAGGUUGUGAGGAGGCUUCUGUUAAGGCUGGCAAAAAUACAACCCAGGGUUCAGGAAGGCGACACAAAGAUGUGUGGAGUUACCUGAGGAGGAUCUCUCUUUUGGGAAAGGCCAAUCCUGUCUAUUCAGAGAGGAGCUUUGAUUCUGAGCUUCACUCUUUUGACAAGACAAUUGAUUCCGACUACGGUUCUGUAGAGCUUGAGAAUGUCAAAGACUUCCAAGCGCUGCCUCCAAAAAAUUCUGACAUGAAGGGACAUUUUGGUGGGUUUUUUAAAUUUUUUAAUAAUGUAGCAGAAACAGCCAGAAAAUGGCGGACAACAUCUCGCUCCUUUUCUCCUCCUGAGGAGGAGAAGACCCCAAUUAAUUCACCUCAGGCUCCUCAGCGCACAGUACACAAAGUUCACAGUUUGUCCCUCACACUCCACAAUGAAGGGCAUCUACAAUGUCAGAAUCCGCCAUCCUCACCAUUGACCACUGAAUCCUCAAAACCCAGCAUCUCUGACUAUGAGACCACCGCACCUGUGACAGGUGCGGGAUCUCCUUUUGUUGUCUUCAAAGCUUUUCGGCCGUGCUCAGUGUCUGGAAAUAUCAAUGGCUUUGGAAACUCAGACAAUUCAGGAAAACAUAUAAACAUAGCAAAAAACCACAGGCCCACUGUUGUAGAGAAUCAUAUUCAUCACUCGGUUACAAAUACUGAGACUUGUGCUGAGCAUGAAAUGAAUCCAUUAAACUGUCUGCACCUAGGAGAAAAGGUGAAGGAAGACACAGGAAAUGAAGAAGAUUCCAAGAAUGCUUCACCUGACUCGCAGCAGACACAGGACGUAAAUAUUAUAUUACAAAAAAAUGGUAAAGAGAGCACGACCAAUAGUAUUCCAUCAUGUGAUUCCACAGAGGAGAUAUUUAAGCUGUGUGAGCAGAUUGCAAGCCAGACAGGCUGCAGUGUAAGACUGCCAGGCCCGGCCCUCCCCCACUCUAACACAGAGAAGACCUCUGUACCUCAGAAGCUGCUGCGCCCUCGUCCUCGCCCGGCAUCAGCUGUAUUGGAUGUGUGGAGCCCAAACCCAGACCGAGAUCUCAACAACGAUUAUAGUGAGUUUGGCUCACUAUGCCGACGGAGGCACAGACCUAAUCCCACCAUGCAACACUCACUGGGGCUUAGACGGAUGCCUGCCCGUCCCAGGCCCUGCUCGGUCAUUGAAUCCAGUGUUAGCGAGAUGCAGUCCACGGAGUUGCACCACAGAGCCUUGUCUCGUCCUCCUGGUGGGUCUCCAUUAGAACCACCACUCAGGGCUUCUCUGCAGCGGUGCCACUCCCUACCUCUGCCCACCAGCACUUUAACUGCUUUGGCUCUUCUCCUGCCUCAUUCAGAUGCAGGUCAGUCAUCCUCUUCAUCAGUACGUCUGCGGUCUGAAGGCAGUAGUUGCACGAGGAAGAGGCUGCUACGACCUGGGUCAGAACCACUGCAAGUCAACAUUUUGAUAAGUGGCGGGUCAAUCGUCAACGCUGAGGCGGUAUGGGACCAUGUGACCAUGGCGGACCGGGAAUUGGCAUUUAAGGCCGGUGACGUCAUAAAGGUGCUGGAUGCCUCCAACAAGGACUGGUGGUGGGGCCAGAUUGAUGAGGAGGAGGGAUGGUUCCCUGCCAGCUUCGUGCGGGUGGAACCCCACCCUCCUCAGCCCCAAACAAAACAGGUUUUCUAUAUCAACCCCAUAGCAACUCCAAGGUUCCAAAACACUACGUCAAAGUUGUGGGUGAACCAAGAGGACGGCGGAGGAGAACCGGCCGAAGGGACCAGCGAAGUUCAAAACGGCCACCUUGACCCGGCAAACGACUGUUUGUGUCUGGGCUCGCCGCUCCAAAAUCGCGACCAGAUGAGAGCAAACGUCAUCAACGAGAUCAUGAGCACAGAGAGACACUACAUCAAGCACCUCAAGGACAUUUGUGAGGGUUACCUGCGCCAGUGCCGGAAGCGUGUGGACAUGUUCAAUGAUGACCAACUGAAGGUCAUCUUUGGAAACAUUGAGGACAUCUACCGCUUCCAAAUGGGAUUUGUUAGAGACUUGGAGAAACAGUACAACACUGAGGAGCCACACCUUUCUGAAAUUGGACCUUGCUUUUUAGAACAUCAAGAUGGUUUCUGGAUUUAUUCAGAAUACUGUAAUAACCACUUGGAUGCCUGCAUGGAGCUGAGCAAGUUGAUGAAGGAUGGCAGGUACCAGCACUUCUUUGAGGCCUGUCGACUCCUCCAGCAAAUGAUUGACAUUGCCAUAGAUGGCUUCUUGCUCACCCCUGUCCAGAAGAUCUGCAAAUACCCUCUCCAGUUGGCCGAGCUUCUCAAAUACACAGCACAAGAGCACAGUGACUAUCGAUACGUGGCAGCAGCCCUGGCAGUAAUGCGAAACGUCACUCAGCAGAUCAAUGAGAGGAAGAGGAGGCUGGAAAACAUUGACAAAAUUGCCCAGUGGCAAGCAUCCGUCUUGGACUGGGAGGGGGAUGAUAUCUUGGACAGAAGCUCGGAGCUCAUCUACACUGGAGAGCUGUCAUGGAUCUAUCAGCCAUAUGGGCGCAGCCAGCAGCGAGUUUUCUUCCUCUUUGAUCACCAGCUGGUUCUCUGUAAGAAGGAUCUGAUCCGACGGGACAUCCUCUACUAUAAGGGUCGCAUCGACAUGGAUCGCUACGAGCUGCGGGAUGCCAUUGACGGGAGGGAUGAUGACUUCAACGUAAGUGUAAAGAACGCCUUCAAAUUGUGCAACAAAGACAGCGACGAGAUCCACAUCUUCCUGGCCAAGAAGCCGGAGGAAAAGAUCCGCUGGCUCAGGGCUUUCCAUGAGGAGAGGAAGAUGGUGCAGGAGGAUGAGAAAAUCGGUUUUGAGAUCUCAGAAUACCAGAAGCGGCAGGCAGCCAUGACAGUGAGGAAGGUGACCAAACAGAAAGGUGUAAAUAGGUGCACGCCCCCCUCAUAUCCGCCCCCCCAGGAUCCCCUCAGUGCGGGGCAAUAUGAGGUCACGGAGGACAUGGCACAAGGAGAGGUUUUUGAAUUCAGUCAAUCCAAACGAGGCCAGGCUCCUUUCUGGCAGAAUUUUAGUAGAUUAGCCCCAUUUAAGAAAUAGACACUUUUGAAGGACCAGCUAUUUUUUCGUAGAAGCACUAAACACUGGAUGAUCGUGUCCCACAAUGAAGAAAAUACAAAAAACACACUGACUUGAGACUUUCAAAGCUAAGGACCAAUGUCAACAUUGGGUGUGGUCGAAAGCAGCAAGAGGACCGAAGGCUUUCACAGAAUUGAGGGGAGGAAUAAAAUAAAAUGAAAAAAAAAAAAGUCAUACUUGUUGAAAACAUUCUUAGGUAUCAUGCUCCUCCAGCUGAGUCAACCAUCCUUGGCGCUCUCCCUCGGAUUCUGCAACACUUACCCGCUUCAUCACACCACCUGAAUGUCCUGGAAUUCGUAGAGAUUGUUGUCUUACUCCUCUUUCAAUCCAUCGUCUGAAGAGACCCACCAGGGAGCGCCAGGUCCAUUGUAUGAUUGUGUCCAAGCUCUUGCUGUGCUGCUACACUCCGUGAGAUUACAUGUUGCAUUCUUGUGAAUGUGUUGCCAAAUAACGACAGUCCUAUGCUACUCGCCAAGGUGUCUGAAGUACCUGCAAAAGCUCCACUCUGUUGGGCGUCACCUCUCCCACCGCUAAUGACAGACCAUCCACGCUCCACUCACGUCUUCAUUGGGAUCUCCUCUCUACUCGGUCGGAAGCAGUCCGCUCGUCGCAAUGUCGCCGCCUCUCGGUCAUCCUGCGUUCCUCAUCUCAUUACUCACCCGUUCAGCCCAUAUGAGUCACAGGAAGUGUUUCAUUCCUUCAGAAACCCGCCACAGGCCAUGAUGUGACAGCUCCGGGAACAAAUCAAUAGUGGGAAUGUCAAAAGUAUAGUGUAUUAACAUUCUUUCACCAAGCAGUUUUGACAGGGUAUUCAUAUCCCAUCACGCAAAAGGUCGAGGGCUUUAUGUUGAGGAGAGCUUGCCGCUCAGAUCAACCUGCUGGAGGCAGGAGAUAGGCCGACUACGCUCCAGCUGGCUAGUGCCAUAACCCCUCCCUCUCUCCCCAGAGACCACCCCUGUAGCACUGUGCUGGCAGCUCACGGACCGGCUAGAAAGAGCAUUGAGGUUGAUGUCUAAAAUGUUUUAUUUUUUGUCAGCUCAUAAUUUUUUUUUUUUACUUAUUUUGUAUUGGUCACAAAGGCAAAGGACACAGCGUGGCUGAAUACUUUUUGUUGAAGAUUCAUGUGCUACGGAUGGCUGUAGUAAAAUAAGGUAGACCCCUUACCACCACAAGGAGAUCAGAACAGGGAGAUAUUUUGCAAAAGUGAAAGAGUACCGAAAUUCCCGGCCUAUAGAGCGCACCUGGUUAUAAGCCUCGGUACACAGAAAGAGUUUAAUGCUAUCAUGUUAGCGUUAAACUUUUUCUGUGUACUUAUUACCAGGUGCGCUAACGCUAGCGCCGCGCUAACACUAGCGCCGCGCUAACGCUAGCGCUGCAUAGCUGCAUAAACUGCAGGGUUGAAAGCAUGUGGAAAAAAGUAGCAGCUUGUAGGUCGGAAAUUACAGUAUAUUAGUGUGAUGAUUGUAGAGGCACAAGGAUGGCUAGAAUGUUUAGCUUACUGGCAUUUUCUGAUUGUGAUUUAUGCAUCUUCACAGAUUGCAUCUUAAAGUCUUGGCAUCCCCCUUUCUCCCAUCAUGUUGUUUUUUUGAUCUGAUCCAUGUUCUGGCACAGAAUUCCACACUAUUAGCAGAAUUUCUGAAGACUUGUUUCACCUACAAAGAACGAGAGACAUGUAAGAGUGAAAACAACGCUCUUCCUGAGUAGGCUUGAGUUCGUUGUUCCAGCUGGAAUGCUCACAAAACAUCUGUCCGAGGUUUGUGAGGAUAGUUUGACAUGGAUUCUAUGGACAGUAUGUCUGCUUAUGUGGGCAAAAGAUUACAGAAUUAAUGUAUCAAGUAUGUUGUACGGUCUGUGUUUUGUUUCAGUAAAGAAAGUUGAGAGAUGGAUGAGUGGUGUCUCUCCCAAUCCGAUUGUUCUGGAAGAUAAUUCCCUUCGCCAACAACAUACGGUUCCUAGACCAUGAUAACCUCAGGUCCAGUGCUGCGCCCACCCCACCUCCUCAACCCCCCCGCAGAUGCACAUGCACACACAAACACACAAUCAUGCGCACUUACUGGCCCGUUGUGCUGCGGAGAAGAGAGAUGCUAUCGAACAGUGCCUUCCAGCAUUCCACUAGUGAUUAUCUAUUCAGUUCCACAGGCAGAUUAAAAUUUGUCACGUAUUUUCCCUUCAGUGUUGGACUUGCAACGGUUUCUUCCUUUCUGUCUCGCACGAGAUCCGCUCGGACAGAUAUCUCUUCCACAUGAGUCGUUUCCGUGCGCACGGCACACUCCAAACGCUUACUUUCUUAUUAACUGUAUUACACUUGCAUAGCAGCAAUGAUCUUGCACACUUAUAAGUUAUUUUUAUUUCAGAUAGAGUAUAUAGAAACGACAUGGAAUUCCUUUAUUGUUGAAAGACGAUUUCCUCUGAAUAUAUAUUACAAAUCAUUAGUUUUGCUUAGUCGAGUUGUAGUGUUGAAAGAAUAUUAUCAGCAGUGGGUUAUGAAUUGAAUAAGAAAAAGUCAUCUAUUUUAACUUUAUCAGCUUACGCACUGUAAAUAGUGUAAAAAGAACAGAUCAUAUAUUUGGAUAUUGGUAUUUUGCGUUGGAGACGAAUGUUGUUCCAGUUCUAGCGUAUGGUAGAUCUCAGUACCAGUUAAAUGCAUGCUUGUGGCAUCCAAUACUUUGCAUGAGACUUAAAACAACUCUUUAUGGUUUGUUUAGUUUCAUUUCACUCCCAGUGGGAAUUUUUUUUUUUUCCCCACCAACAAACAUUCAAUUGUGAGCCCACUGCCAUCUCACCGAAGGGAGUUCUGGUUUCUGUCUGGCCGUCUCCUUGCUUACGUCACGUUUACGCUUGUAGCUUUUGUUCUUAUUCUAUGUUGGGAAGAGGAGAGGGACCGAUCCUCACACAGAGUCGCCGCGAGCUCCCGAUAGGUCAAAUGAGAUAUUUGGCAAACUGACAGUCUGCGUGCCAAAUAUUAGACGUUCUCUUUUGUAUUCCGGUCGACACUGGCACAGUUCUAAUCGCUGGUUAUUUAUGGGUACCAGUAACUGCUGAGCUUCAGAUGAUGACGCAAAACGGGUAUAAUUUUUCUAUGACAACCAAAUAGGAGUUAGCACUGAUCAUAGGUGUCGUGUAUAGAUUUUUAGUCGGGCACAAGAGCUGAAUGCAUAUGAACUCUGUAGGGACGUGCUAAAAAUAAUCCUAAUCCUGACCACGCACGCAGAGUACUUCAUUACGAUUCAUAUCUUGCUCUUGUUCAAAAUAAUGCUCUGAUGUAUAAGAACUUGACAGUGAGGAUGAUUUUCUCACUUGUAUUUAUUUAAUUCGUAGCCGACGUUGUAACUUCAAGGCCAAAUUGCUCUAACAAUGUAAAUCUUUUGUUGAUUUUAUAAAGUUAACGUUUCGGAUCUUUUAUUCAAGGCCCAGAUUUUGGCCUUCAGUGUGGAUGAAGGUCAUUUUAAUCAUAUUUGUUUCCCAAUUCUGCCCUAAGACGGCCGAGUUAGCGAACGGAGUGCAGAGGAUGCUGCUCGCAGUGAUCCUUUUUAUUCCUAUGCGUAUACAAAACACUUGCAUCACCACGAGAGAUCUUGUGGUCGCAUCCGAGCAGUCAGAGCACCGCAGAGUACAACGAGCCGUACUCGAUGUGGUUUUGACCGACUGCAAUAUGAUCUGAAGAGCGAUGUCCCACUUUUACAAACAACACGAUUCAUUGUAAAUUACCAUGUAGUCCAAGGUUUAGGUUUUGCCGACCGUAAAAAAUGAACUCACUCCCCCAUAAUCAUUUGUCUCCAUAUGCAAACAUUUCUCAUUUUUGUUAUUGCUGGUAUUUUGAGUUUGAUGAUUUGAUGUAGAAAUGAAAAAUAAUGCUUAUUCAAUCCAGAAACUGUGAAUGGGAGAGUGGGGAAGUCAACUGUAUGUACAUUAUAUGUUUUGGUGUAUUCCGAAGCACUGGGAAUAUGUUGUACUUCGCUGUAAAAAAAAAAAAAAAAAAAGAAUCCAUAUCUGAUAUAGCUGUACUUUUGUUGAAAAUAAAACCUCUACAGAUUUGGUGUCGGGCGUUUGUGUGUGAAUGAGUUUUGUGGCACUUCAAAUAUUUGGCACAUGGAUUCAUUAUUGAAUUAAUAAUGAAUUCAAAUGUACUGGGGAGG